CCCCCGGCAUUCUCAAAUCUGCAAAGGGCCCGAGAAGGGUUUUAGAGGGCAACCGCACCAUCGAUGGCGGCGGCGGUUGGCGGCGCGCGGCGAGCCCUAGCGGCGCUGCGCUCCGGUUCCCCCUCGACUCUUUCCGCAACGCUCUCCCGCCAGGCUGUGGCUCGCUCUCCGGAGCUGGCAGCCGCGUCUCUGCCGCGCGCCUCUCGCCGGCGACUCGCGAUCUCGAGGUUGCCGGUGGCGGCGCUCGGCGGCGUGCAGUGUUCGCUGAUGCCGAUGCACAGCGCUACGGCGUCGGCGCUUCUCACCUCCAUGCUCGGGCUCAAGCCCGGCUCUUGGGGCUGGCUCUCAGAAGGAUUUGCUACACCUCUAUAACAGGAAUGUGUUUCGGUCACAAGCUUAUUUUGUUUAGCCUUUCCACCACUGGAUUUCAAUAACACAUGUUUCAUGAGUUGUGGACUAUACCCUCGAGUUUUUGCUGAUGGAAUCUGUACUAAAAAUUUGCAACCUAUAACUUAUGGUCUUAUGUGCCAGUUAUCUUAUUCUCCCAA